CUGCCAGCAGGGGGGGCGUGGCUGCCAGCAGGGGGCGGGCGCUGCGCCGCCGGGUGGGCCCGGCCAUGGAGCGGCCGUCUCCGUCUUCGUACUCUGCGGCAGUGCCUCCCCGAGCUGCCUGUGUCUACACCAGCUGCUAUUGCGAAGAGAACGUGUGGAAGCUCUGCGAGUACAUCAGGAGCCAGGAUCGCUACCCUCUGGAAGAGUUCUAUGCUGUUUUCAUAUCCAACGAUAGGAGGAUGAUUCCACUCUGGAAACAGAAGUCAGGGCACGGAGAUGAACCUGUUGUCUGGGACUACCAUGUUAUCCUACUUCAUGUUCCGGGUGGAGAGCAGAACUUCAUUUAUGACCUUGACACUGUGUUGCCAUUUCCGUGUCCUUUUGAGAUGUACAGCGCGGAGGCCUUUAGGCCGGAUGACAGCCUUCAUCCAGAGUUUCACAGGAAGAUCAGAAUGAUUCGAGCAGAUUUGUACUUGAAGACAUUUGCUUCAGACAGAUCUCAUAUGAAGGAUGCAAAUGGGAAAUGGCAGAAACCUCCUCCUUCAUACCCUUGCAUUGAAACUGCUGGUUAUUUUCACAGCCUGUCAAUGAGAACAUACAGUAACAAGCCCACAGAUAGGAAAUCUCUGAUCAGUAUGGUUCUGAGUCAGCACAGGAUGGUUGUUGUAUCAGACCAGCUCUGGAAAAAGGAUAUACGAGGCAUCUAAACCCAAACUGCAGAUCAGCACAUUUCACUGAGCACUCUGGGAUCUGCAACUGGGACAGAAUGGUUUCUACCUUUCCUACUGAGGUCAGGUGAGAUAAAAUUCCAAGCAAAAAGCAGUCGUGGUUACUCUUCUCUCAGAAACAUGUCAGAAACCCUUUUGACCUCCUUCAGUGGUUCAGGAAUUAAAAAUAAGUAAAAUACAAAGUGUUUGGCCCCAGCCAGCCUGAACAUCCCUCUUGACUACAGGUGGGUCUCUGUCAGAUAUUUCAUCCUGUCUGCAUGGCACGGCCUUGCAGCAAGCAGGAAGCUCAGGGCUGGAAGGAACACAAACAAAUGAAAGAGCCUGAGAAGUAACAGAUUCUGGGUUUGCCAAAGGUCUGUUCACUUCUGAAACACAUAAGGCAUCUCUGGAUCCUGACUGCUGCUGUGACCCAAUUCCUUCGUUGCAAAGGGUCCCUGAUUCAGAUGAGUUUGGAUCAGGACACUGUGGGGAAAUACCCCCUCUGCCUUUGAGUAGUUGGGAUUUUAUGAAUGCAGAGAUCAGUAGGUGCCUGUUGCAUUGCAGUUGCCUGCUUUAGUUGUUAUUUGUGCAGCGGUGCUCUGACACCCUUUCUAGGCUGCUGUUACAGGGAAAAAUCUUUGUCAUGCAUGCUGUUCUAUGACUAAUGAUGCUGAUCAGGUGAUGCCAUUAUUGAUUAUUGCUGCAGACAGAGGGAGGGGUCAGGGACAAAUCAGAGAAUCACUGAAUUGUAGGGGUUGGAAGUCCUGUUGAGACCAUGUUACAGAUGCUGGGUACAGACGUUCUUGUAGUACUGCACAACUUGCAGAAUGUUGCUGUACUGCUGCUCAGCAGAUGUGCUCUGAACUCUGCCCUUUUAAACUCAGCUUUCAAUGUUUUGUUUCAUGAGAUUUUCAUUACAGCUGCUACUGAAGCUGAAUCAGGAACUUCAUGCUUUUACUCUUCUGCUUCU